GUGAUCACGUUUUUCGAGCAUAAGGAAGAUACUGGUUGAAAUGUCAAAUGAUUUACUUCUCAAAUUCCUCAACUUAAUUGAUAACAACCAGCGAGAGUACCAACUUGUUCACACAAGUGAGAACAAUCAGUAGAUCUCCGACAGUAGAGUGGUGCUGUUUGCUUCUCUCGUUUGAAAAUGUGAUAAUGAACUUGUAUCAGUUCGUCAUUUCUAGUCUAACGUUGACUGUUUCCCUUGUCGUUGCAAGUAACCCAAGCUUUAGUGCACACAUUCUGCAGCAUGUUAAAACUAAAACCUCUUUCGAGGAUCAACAAGCGGCGGCAAUUGAACUGAUCAACAGAAUUAUUCCGGACCGAGCGGAUGAGUUUGUUGUCGUUGUCGAUGACAAUUUGAAGUUGAAUUCAUUCACUAUAUCAAAAAAUAACCGAACGAGUCCAAAUGUCUUCAUUACUGGCUCCAGUGGAAUUGCUGCAACAAAAGGCUUCUAUCAUUAUCUGAAAUAUUUCUGUGGAUGCCAAAUUUCAUGGGAUGGUAAUCAACUAAAACUACCCAGUACUUUUCCAGAUGUAAAUGUUACUAUUGAAGCUCCCAGCAGCAUUAUAUACUAUCAGAAUGUAUGCACAUGGUCCUACUCGUUUACCUGGUGGACGUGGACUGAAUGGCGUCGGCACAUAGAUUGGAUGGCACUGCAAGGAAUCACACUAAGUUUAGCACCCUUCCAGGAACAUAUUUGGGAAGAAGUAUAUGCAGAAUUCAAUCUAACUCAGCAGGAAAUCGAUAAUCAUCUGUCGGGGCCAGGAUUUUUUGCCUGGCAGCGCAUGGGUAACAUUCGAGGAUGGGGUGGACCGCUAACAGAGAACUUUAAAAAUUUCUCCUCUGCACUGCAGUUACGGGUUGUGCAACAGAUGCGUCGGCUUGGCAUGGUUAUUGCACUUCCCGCAUUCGCAGGUCAUUUACCGGUACAGUUUAAGUACCUGUUUCCAAAUGCACAUCUCAGUCCAGUCGAAGUUUGGAAUAAAUUCCCUCAACAGUAUGCCAGUCCACUAUUCUUAGAUCCAGUAGAUCCACUAUUUCAGGAAAUAGGUUCUAAAUUUUUAAAGAAAACGAUUACUUUUUAUGGAACAGAUCACAUUUACUUCAGCGAUCCUUUCAACGAGAUCCAACCCCAAUCUUCUAGUGCUAAAUACUUGGCUGAAGCUGCCGGAGGUAUCUACCGAACAAUGGUAGAAGUUGAUCCGACUACUGUCUGGUUGGUUCAAGGGUGGAUGUUUGUGAAAAAUCCAUUUUGGAGUGAUCGUACGAUUAAAGCUUUCUUGACGGCCGUUCCUAUUGGACGGAUGCUGGUAUUGGACUUACAGUCUGAACAAUUUCCGCAAUAUGUGAAAACCAACUCCUAUUAUGGGCAACCGUUUGUGUGGUGUAUGUUGAGCAAUUUCGGAGGAACACUGGGAAUGUUGGGAUCAGUCGAUACUGUUUUUGAAAGAAUCCAUGAAACCAGGACCAAUGAGCAAAUGACAAUGAUUGGAACUGGUAUAACUCCUGAAGGAAUCAAUCAGAACUAUGGUUUGUACGAAUUUGCGUUGGAGAUGGGAUGGAAUCCUGAGAUAGGCGAUCCUGAACAGUGGUUCCGAAGGUACGCAGUGUCUCGGUACGGAAACGACGACCCGCAUCUGCAAGAUGCUUGGAGUGUGUUCAAAUCAACGGUAUAUGCAUACAAAGGGCUUGAGCUGAUGAGGGGUAAAUAUACAUUUAAUCGACGGCCUAGUCUGAAACUUCAUCCAUGGGUUUGGUACAACGAAACCCAGUUCAAUGAAGGUGUUGAACUUUUGCUACAUUCGAACGCGUCGAAUGUACUGUUUCUGAAUGACGCUGUCGACGUAACUCGCCAAUUUCUGCAGAACACCGCCGAUCGCUUCUACCUAACCAUCAUGGAAUCUUAUCAAACGAAGAAUUUGACUGCACUGAAGCUAUACUCUAGCUUAUUUCAAGACCUUCUCGAAGAUUUAGAUCGAUUACUGCGAUCCGAUGACCACUUUUUACUGGGAAAAUGGCUGGAAGCAGCAAAAGCAAUGGGACGAACAAGGUUGGAACGGCAGAAGUAUGAGUACAACGCACGGAAUCAGAUAACACUGUGGGGACCUCAAGGACAGAUUGUAGACUACGCUAACAAACAAUGGGCUGGUGUGGUGAAGGACUUCUUUCUACCACGCUGGAACGUAUUCCUGCGGGAAUUGGAAGCAUCACUGGAAAUGAACACGUCGGUUAAUGAAACUAAACUGAAGAGUAAAAUCUUUCGAGUCGUCGAGUUACCCUUCAAUACCGAUAACAAACGGUACUCCGUACAGGCCGAAGGAGAUUCUCUGAUGAUUGCGCGAGAGUUGUAUCGUUCGUGGAGUCAGCGGAGCACGCAUCUGAGUGCGCUUCCUACACGCAGAAAAAAGACACACGUUGGAAUCUAAAGUAUUGAGUUUUAUAUUCGAAUAUCUAGAUGAAUCUAGCUAAAACGUCAUUGAUUUGAUAAGCAAUUUCAGGGCAAUAAGGAUUAUUGUAAACAUUGCAAUUGUCAGGGGCGGCAAGUUCCCUGAAAUAUUGGGGGUACACAAAAAAUUAUUACUACAGAUCAUUAAAUUUUGAAAUAUAUAAAAUAUUUUUAUAAAGUGAACGGAGAGAAUAGAGCAAAUAAGAAGCAACUAAUAAA